AUGAGAUUUGAGGCAAUCAAUGCGAUUGCAGCGCUAAGUGCUGCUGCUGCUGCUGUCGAUAAAAUUGGCUCCAAACGAGUCUAUUACUGUCAACGUUGUUUGAAUCAUAAUCGUUUGGAACCGCGCAAAAAUCAUAAAUGCGAAUGUGUAUAUGCCAAUUGCGCCUGUAACAAAUGUAUACUGGUUGAAAAAAGACGCGUACUUAACACUCAGUUACAUGAAUUGGAAGAUGUUGCUGAUGUCGAAAAUGAAGUUGGCAUUGAUGAUCAUUGUGGUUUAGGUGCUCGAUCAAAAGGAGGUUAA